AUGUCGGGACAGCAACCCGUGUUCGUCAUGAACACCGGUCCAGAGCGACAGACCGGCCGCAAAGCUCAGAUCUCCAACAUCACCGCCGCGAAAACCGUCGCUGAUGUCAUUCGAACAUGUCUCGGUCCCAAAGCCAUGCUCAAGAUGAUCCUCGAUCCCAUGGGCGGAAUCUUGCUCACCAACGACGGCAACGCCAUCUUGCGCGAGGUAGAAGUGGCUCAUCCCGCCGCCAAGUCCAUGAUUGAGCUCAGCCGGACCCAGGACGAAGAAGUCGGUGACGGUACCACCAGUGUCAUCAUCCUCGCCGGUGAGAUCCUCGCCCAAUCACUGCCGCAGCUCGAACGAAGCAUCCAUCCCGUCGUCAUCAUCUCGGCGUUCAAAAAGGCGCUCGCGAGAGCUCUCGAGAUUGUAGAGGAAAUCUCGGUGCCCGUCGACGUCACCAACGACAAGGAGAUGCUCGCCUUGAUCAAGACCUCCAUCGGAACCAAGUUCGUCUCGAGAUGGUCAGAGCAGAUGUGCAAGCUCGCGCUCAAAGCCGUUCGCACCGUCGCCAUGGUCGACUCCUCCUCCGGCUCCUCUGCAGGUAGCGAUCCGAGCAAGACCGUCGACAUCAAGCGCUACGCCCGUGUCGAAAAGGUGCCCGGUGGAACCAUCGAGGACUGCCGUGUUCUCGACGGUGUCAUGCUCAACAAGGACGUCACCCACCCCAAGAUGAGGAGGCGCAUCGAGAACCCACGAAUCAUGCUGCUCGACUGCCCACUCGAGUACAAGAAGGGCGAAUCGCAGACCAACAUCGAGAUCACGCGCGAAGAGGACUGGAACAAGAUCCUCGAGAUCGAAGAGCAGCAGAUCCAGACCAUGUGCGAAAAGAUUGUCGAAUUCAAGCCCGACCUCGUCUUCACCGAAAAGGGCGUCUCGGAUCUGGCGCAACACUAUCUGCUCAAAGCCAACAUCACCUGCAUUCGACGUGUGCGCAAGACGGACAACAACAGAAUCGCCCGUGCUACCGGUGCCACUAUCGUCAACAGGGUCGACGACCUCCGAGAUGCCGACGUCGGAACUCGUUGCGGCCUCUUCCACAUUGAAAAGCUCGGUGACGAGUACUUUACCUUCCUCGAGGAGUGCAAGCAGCCCAAGGCGUGUACCAUUUUGCUUCGCGGGCCGAGCAAGGAUAUCUUGAACGAGAUUGAUCGCAAUCUGGCCGAUGCGAUGGCCGUUGCACGCAAUGUAGUGUUCAACCCUCUGUUGGCGCCAGGUGGAGGUGCGACGGAGAUGGCGAUCGCCUACGGCCUGUCCGAGUACGCCAAGGAGCUCGAGGGCGUGGAGGUAGGACCCAUCCGUGCAGUCUCGGAUGCCAUGGAGGUCAUCCCGCGCACGCUCAUCCAGAACUGCGGUGGAAACGCCAUCAAGACCCUCACCACGCUUCGUGCCAAGCACGCCAACGGUGAACACUCGUACGGCGUCGACGGUGAGACCGGCAAGGUGGUGGAGAUGAAGGAGUACGGUCUGUACGAGUCUGCCGCCGUCAAGAUCCAAACGCUCAAAACCGCCAUCGAAUCCGCUUCCCUGCUGCUCAGAGUCGACGAUGUCGUAUCCGCCAAGAGAGGGCGACAGCCGGGAGGUGGAGCCGGUCCAGGUGUCCAGGCUCCCGAUGCGGGCAUGGGCGAAGACGCAGGUCCGGACAUGCCUCAAAUGUAG